AACGCCACCGUAAACAACACAGCUAUUCAGAAUACCCCCUGCAACUUGAAUUACACACGAACCACAAUUAAUGUGGAGCAAGCAGAGGACCUGUUGGACGAACCCCUUCUUCCGAAGGUUUGUCUAAAACUAGUGUGGACAGAACCGCCACCAGUGGACUUUCAACCGAAACGCGUCAGAUGCAAUUCAGCUGUCGGUCGAGAAACACCACCUGGCAGUGGAAAAUUUGAUCUGAUUUCAGGAUCGACUCCUACCAACACAACAUUACAAUCACCUGGAAGUUUACGUGAUCUUACCGAGCUUUCGUUGAUGUCACGGUUUCGCAUCAGUAAUAGACGACUGAUGGACGUCGGUCACUCAACCGAUCCGUUUCCGGUUUCACCACUGGUUACACGUGAGGAGGUUCCUCGAAUCAUGAGGACUGUUGAUCUACCUGAAGUUGCCCAAUCUGGCGUUUCGACGAUGAAAGAGGAACAACAUGGUGCCAAUGGUAUGCCUGAAUCUGGAUCAGUCAGGCGUAAAGGCUUUUUGGCUUUGGACUUUGUGUCGGUUCCGUGGAUAUGUUUCCUAACCAGCUUCGGUGCACCUAAAACCAAUCGACCAAGUUGCCUGGCGUGUUUGCGUGUCCGCGGUCGACGGAAUGGAUCUAAUGAGACUGAGGCCCAAGUAGACGAAAAGUCACUGAUCACACCGUCCGAGCGUUUGACAUUCUUGCCAGCUGUGGAUGCAGUUUACGUGGAAGAUUCCCGUCUCAUUGCUUGUUUGGAUCCUCCCACUGGAAUAGUGCUGUACUCCGGAAUCUAUAGAGUCUGUCUCCUCGGUGCCAGUCCACCACCAGUGACGAGCCUCUUUUGUGCAAUAGCUGGAAACGAAUUUAUUGAAAAAAGAAUUCGCUCCAUCGCGUCGCGUUCCUCUUCAAUGCCUUUCGUGAUCCAACCGGGGAUGUCAGAAUUGGCACGAUGGCGAGAUAACGCCACACCGGCAUUAUUAAACGAGUUUGAACUGCUUCUGACUAGAUUUCUCGAUCAAGAAAGGUCUAACGGAAAAUGCGCUCAAGUAAGGCUUUUUUCUUCACUUAUCGAGGCUCUCGACAAGAAAACUCGUUUUUCCGAGGCACUGUUCGAGUUUCAUCGGGAAUUGAGUUUGAAUUGCAUCCUGGCCUCGAGUUUACGAUCGCUUGCUGAACUCAACUUGGUCCUCAGUCGUUUUAACGAAAUUAUGUCGAAAAACAGACCUCACCGCUACCAAACUAUUGCACUCCCCCAUGGACUUCGCAUUCAACUCGGUCUUAAAAUGGGUGCGAUUGACAUCCCGAGUUUGUACCUCGGUAUGGCAACCGGCAGCCGUGUCGACUUGACAUUGCUAUUAGACGGGGUUUCCGGGGUGGAUCUGAAGAAGUUCAUGGAUCACCGUCUGCCACCACUCCCCAAAGCAUUUGUACAGUGCAUGCUCACUUUAUCUGAGAUGCGUAUCCGUGAGGAGACCAGGGUUCUCGCGAACACAAGCAUGACCGUCACGGAUCAGUCGCACAGCAUUCAACAGGCUGCCGAAUCACAACACGCGGCACUACUGUUUCUUAGCUAUUUGGGUGAAACGAGUCUGCUUUGCGUCCGAGGUGGUCUAACCAACCAUCUUCGUUCUUUGCCUCGCUGUUUUUCCACCGUGCUUCGUAUACUGCUCAGUCGUUGUCAGGCUAAUCCGCCACCGAAUUGCACUCCAAGAAUGUACAAUCUGAUGGGUCGAAGUGAUCUAGCUAGACAGGCCGAAAUGACAGCAACUACAAGAUCAUCUCGUCAUUCAGGGACAGCACAGAUUCCGCGUGGACCUCUGUUCCAACAACCUUUAUUGUCCGAUAAAAAUACGACCCAAGAUGACACGAACAUGCUGACCUGCGGUACGGUAAAUCGACCGGGGCCACAGGACUACAGCUCAUCGUGGACCACGGCUGAGCGCUGGGCAAAUUUAGUCAAGCCGUUCAGACCGGCACCGUCAAAUGAGAAACCGAAGACUUCUCUGAACGGUCGACAUGCUUUACUUCGUUGUCUGGAAAGUAGUCCCGCAUGUCAAGUUGCAUUCAAAGAUGACCUUCGACUGCGUGAGGCAUACCGUCUACUACAGGCAACCAGCCACAUCCGUCUGCCACGACUCAGUACCGACGGCACUGGGUCGGGUUCAUCCCCGACUGGUGCUAGUUCUUCUGGAACUGAGGGGUCGCGAUUUAACGAACCGCGUUUGGAAAUGCAUUUAGCUGCUGCUGGAAUUCGUGUUUGGGCCUCGGCCAUUGGUCGCGGUAUGCUUGGACUUGACAGCCUAAUUGGAUUCCGUAUUCCUACCCAACUUCGUGUUCCACCAAUUUGCUUGCGUGGGCGGGCGGUUUCCCCCAGCAGCGGACGUCGUGUCCUGGUGGAUUUGGCUCGAGAAUCCAUAAGUACUCUAACCUCGGGCAAUACAGCUCAGGGGCCAACUGGAACGGGGUUGCCGGACGUUGCAUUGGAUCUCGGUGAUCGUCGUGUUGGCACCGGACUGCCUGGAUUGAUCCCCUCAGGUCCAGAGGUGGUCACUUCUUCUACCUCUGACGAAUUGAACGAUGCAUCCAAUCAUCCUGGUAAUUCCAUGGCGUUAGCAAUAGCUUCUGCUGUAGCGGCCAGUGGUGCUGGAGCUGCUCUUCGGACGGCCGCCCUCAACCUCCCGAGAAUGAUACCUCGAAGCAAUCUGGUAAUGAGCUAUUCCAGCAUUCACCUGUCUUCGCUGAGCGCCAAUGCGGCAUCAUCUACCGCAUCCCUGUUAGCCACAGCGAACUUACAACAAACUCCUGCCGUUCUAGCUGCUAAGCACUGGCCUGACUUUCACAAUGGGGUCGCUGUUGGCUUGAGUGUCUCACCUCAUGCAUCGGUUGAUGCAACUUGGAUCAUGUACAAUUGCCGGUUGGCUGGUGCAAGUUCGGACGCUCGACCGGACAUUCAUGGACAAUUGAAUACUGCGGCUCCAGAUAUGCCCACUCCGGAACAGGCCGGGUUGGUGUACGGUUUGGGUUUAAAUGGGCAUCUGAACAAAAUGACACCGUAUGACAUCGGAGAGUAUUUGGUCCGGGUGCAUGAUUUGCACAAUAUGGCCGUGCUUUUAGGUUUGUGUGCAGGUAAACGAGGAACAAUGGAUCAAUCUGUCCUACGUCUAUUGGCGGUACACUAUCGUCCCCUGUUACCCUCUGAUCCCUUAGUUCACCUACAACUCUCAGUCCCCAGUCUGUGCCAGGCAGCGGCUGUGUUCGGAUUGGGUCUUCUCUAUCAGGGCUCCGCACAUCGACAUAUCACCAAUCUUUUGAUUACCGAGCUAGGCCGAUCGCUUAGUGGGGACGCAUCUACCGGCCCCGGUGGUGCGAAUCGCAAAGGGGGCUUAUUUGCACCGGACGGAGACGCACAACAGUCUGUUACCAAUGCCCCACGCACGAAUUCGACAAAUCCCACCACUGGUUGGACAGGAGCUGCUGGUACCGGGGGUUUCGCUGGGGAUAGUUGUGAAUUGAUUGCUCUCUCAGCUGGUUUGGCUUUGGGCUUAGUGUUGUUACAGCGGGGCGACACAUCUUGUGGACUGUCAGACCUGGCUUGGGCCGAAAAGUUACAUGCCUAUAUGCUAGGCAGUGCGCGUGAGGUUGAUGCUCCCAGAUCAGCACGCUCGCGUUAUGCCGGUGUUCCUCAAAACUUUGAUGAAGAAUAUCCAUUACUGGUUAGCCUUCGCGGCCAACUGCAGUCCCGUCGUGGACACACAGCUCAACUGCGACCGGGACCGAUCGCAGGUCCACUCAGCCCAUCGGCGGAAGAACCUCUUUUAAUCGACCGGUACGGUCGAUCUGACACAUCAUACCGGCUGUUCGAUGCCGCAUCCGGACUGCCUGAUCUGGCUGUACUCAUGGAUGAUGUGUUUCCCGGCGAUUUCCCCCUGGGCUUAGAGGACCGUUCCGGGGCGGAUUCGUUGCGUACGUCAGGGUUAGUACGUGGUCGUGGUGUUCCUCAAUCGUACAGUGGUGGAAUGCGUACCGGACGAGUCACCGUCGGUGGCAUAACUCCAGCAAGUGCUGGGGGGACCACGGGCACCACAAGCAGUACUGCGUCGGGAGCGGAUCGGCCCAAUUCAGAUGCCAAUGACUUUGCUCGACGGGAGAGACGUGCCCGCUCGCAUUUGGAUGCCUAUCAGUCCUCAUACAAAAAUCCUCAGAUUCGUGAAUUGGAUUGCUACAAUACCGACGUCAGUGCCCCCGGCGCAAUCAUGGCCCUCGGAAUGGCUUACUUGGGCACAGCCAAUAGUACUAUCAGUCAGUGGCUCUCUCCACCAUCCUCACUUGCCCAGAUUGAAUUAAUUCGGCCUGAUCUAUUCCUGUUUCGUGCACUAGCCCACGCCCUAGUCAACUGGGACGCGAUAAAUCCCAGUCUCGAAUGGAUUCAGUCAUUUUGUCCUCCUGCGCUACUGGAGCGCAUGCAAAAUUUAACCGAAUCUGCGGUCGAUGACUUUUUGGAAGAUCUGGCACAGCCUCCAUCAAUGACGGAAUUAUCAAGUGAAGAUGACGUUGAGAAUCGUUGUCCUAAUCCGAUUAUGGCUGCCGCGGCUAGCGUUCGUCAGACGCUUCAGCGGAACACGACAGUCGGACGCGGUCGAACCCCAGCACGUCAGGUUUCUGUGAAUAGUGCCAAUGCUCGUCGUCGACGCCGUCGAUGUCAACCCAUCAUUCCUCCAUUCUCCUCAACUGAUGCAUCUCGAUCCAAAUUGGCCCGUGAAUUUGCCAACUGGCAGGGUCAGUUCUUACCGGAUUCCGUCAGUAAAGUAGAUGAGGAAGCGAUCAGCUUUAAUGUUAACCUUGGUGAAAUCGAGCGUAUUUAA